AUGCAUAGCGCUACGCUCGCCCCUCGUUGCGCCUCUCCGUCUGCGCUCGUUGCUGUCAGUGCGCGCCCCGCCCCUCCGCGCCAAGCAGCGCAUCUCCGCUCCGCCGCCAUGAUCGGCGGCGGAACGCUGGCGCGGACGGGGGGGGGGGAGAAUGCGCUGACGGCGCUGAACCCGGUGGUGGCGGGGCUGGCGGCGUCGCGCACGGCGCAACUGACGGACGCGGCGCGGGCGCUCAAGGCGCAGGGCGUUCCGCUGAUCGAGCUGGCCGCCGGGGAACCGGACUUUGACACCCCCAAGGAGAUUGUGGAGGCAGGAGUGGCGGCUCUGCGGCAGGGCUUCACACGCUAUGCGCCCAACCAGGGCACCCUGGAGCUCAGAGCGGCCAUCUGUGAGAAGCUCGAGACGGAGAACGGGCUGACCUACUCGCCAGAGGAAGUAGUGGUGACCAACGGCGCCAAGCAAGCCGUGUUCCAGGGGGUGAUGGCCACGUGCAGUGCGGGGGACGAGGUCAUCAUCCCAGCGCCCUACUGGGUGUCCUACCCUGAAAUGGCUAAACUCGUGGGAGCCACGCCCGUCGUCCUCCCCACCACCACGGCCCACUCCUUCCUCCUCUCCCCCUCCGCCCUGCAAGCCGCUCUCACCCCCGCCUCCCGUCUCCUCAUCCUCUGCUCGCCCUCCAACCCCACUGGAGCCGUCUACUCCCCAGAGCAGCUGCAAGAGUUGGCGGAAGUGGUGGCCCAACACCCCCGAUUGCUGGUGCUAGCAGACGAGAUCUACGAGCACAUCAUCUACCCACCAGCUCGGCACGUGAGCUUCGCUGCUCUGCCCGGCAUGUGGGAGCGCACACUCACAGUCAACGGCUUCUCCAAGGCCUUCGCCAUGACUGGCUGGCGCCUGGGCUAUCUCGCAGCUCCCAAGCCGUUUGCAGCAGCCGCUAACCGCAUCCAGAGCCAGACCACGUCAGGCGCCAGCAGCAUCGCGCAGAAGGCAGCCAUGGCAGCGUUUCAGCUGGGACCAUGCGGAGGGGCCACGGUGGCAGCGAUGGUGGAGGCAUUCAGGAGAAGGAGAGACAUGCUGGUGGCUCGGCUUGAAAAGAUAGACGGGUUGAAGCUGGCCGUGCCUCAGGGGGCCUUCUAUCUCUUCCCAGACGUCUCUUCCUUUUACGGCCGUUCGGGCCCGGGGUUUGGGCCGAUCACAGACAGCGAGUCGAUGUGCCGAUACCUGCUGGAGAGGGGGCAGGUGGCGUUGGUGCCAGGGGAGGCCUUUGGAGCUCCGGAGUGCAUUAGGAUAUCGUAUGCAGCAUCUGAUGAAGUUCUUGUGGAAGCCAUGGACAGGAUUGAGAAGGCUCUGGCUGAAAUUGACGCGAUGGCGAUCGAUCCCGAUGAGAUUCAGGUCGGGCCGCAGGCGUCCAUAUUCGUCGUUCUUGCGACGCUCGCGCUCGGCGCUGGCGCAUGCACGCUGGGCCUCCUCGCUAUGCUGCUCCCCUCUUCUACGUACACAGUGCCGCCAGAGGCGAACGUGAGCCAAGUGCUGGAAUGCGGUUACCAGUCGAGCACCGCAACGCUAUUCGGAAUCAUAGGAGGGAUGCUGCUGGCGGCGGGUAUGGCGCUCAUCUCCGUGCUGGGCGGCUGUGUGUGCUGUGUGACCAUCCAGUACGCGCACGGCCAGGCGCUUAAAGUCAGCAUCGUGUGUUAUACACUCGCAUGGGUGGCAUUCUUCCUAGCGGAGGUGUGUCUCAUGUCGGGGGGCUCACUCAACAACUACCACAAGUCGGUGACCAACUAUCAGUACGACUACCAGCUGCGCACGUGCUACCAGCUCAAGACCUCCACCUACAUUGUGGGGGCGGUGAUGUCAAUACUGACGGUGGUGUUUGCAGUGCUGUACUACGGGCAAGCGCAGAAGUCCAAGUACGAGGCGUGGGUGGAGCAGGGCGCGCCCACCCCCCGCCUCUACUCCCUCGAAACCAUGAAGAGCUUCGUCAUUGCCGGGCCUGCUCGUGCCGGCCCGUUGAAAUCGGAGGAUGAUGACGAGGAUGAUGAUAUGGGGGAUGAUGAGGAGGAAGAGGAGUAUGAUGUGUUUGAGGAAGAGGAGGAGGAUGAUGAUGAUACAAGGCCGCUCAAUCCGCGGAGGCAUGAUGAUGAUGACGAUGACGAUGAUGACCAUGAUGGUAACCGCGCGCAUUGA